UUGCGCGCUCCGGCUGGAGCUCAUGCACGCAGAAGGAUUACAUUGUUAGAUUAGCGGCCAGCUUGUUAUAAAUCUUACUAGUUUUUCUUUAAAAAAAAUGGAAGUGAAACUGAAACGUGCCGUCGAUGAUCAGAUCAAUCCAAACGACAUUUUUUCAUUGCAUCGCUAAUGAUGUCUGUCCGGAGACGGUCAGCUCAGCUCUGGAGACAGUGAGGAGAUACUGAGACCCCAGUCUGCAAAAAACAGAUCAUCAUGAUCAUAUGACCAAUGGAUGGCGUCAGUGCAAUCAAUGGCUCCUUGAGGGCUGAGGUCUUUACUAACAAAGUUGACUCAUCUGAUUCCACAUUGACUCAUUCCUUACUCGAACUGGGAGAUAGCACGAAGCUGCUGGGAGUUCAAGUGAUUCUGAUCCUGGCCUACAGCACCAUCAUCCUCCUUGGUGUGGUAGGGAAUUCCCUUGUCAUUUAUGUGGUUUGCAAAUUCAAGACACUCCGCACAGUCACCAACUUCUUCAUUGCCAACUUAGCAGUAGCGGACUUGCUUGUCAACACAUUAUGUCUUCCCUUCACUUUGGCCUACACUUUACUUGGGGAAUGGAAGUUUGGACAAGUACUUUGCUUCACCUUACCCUAUGCACAGGGUCUAGCCGUCCAUGUCUCUACUGUAACCCUAAAUGUAAUUGCGCUAGAUCGACAUAGAUGUAUCGUUUAUCAUCUGGAGACUAGGAUGUCAAAAGACACUUGCUUUCUUGUCAUUGCUGUCACCUGGGUGAUAAGUGCUGUACUGGCUAGUCCACUCGCUAUCUUCAGGGAGUAUGGGAUUGUCGAUCUCUCUCCAGGUGAAUCAAUUGAAGUAUGUGGGGAGAAGUGGCCUGGGAGCAGCACAGAUGGUACUCUUUACUCAAUAUCCAUGCUGCUGCUGCAGUAUGUGUUACCCCUAGCGGUCAUCUCUUUUGCGUACAUCCGGAUAUGGAGUAAACUACGUAACCACAUCAGCCCAGCUGGCCGCAAUGACCGUCACCAACGUCGUCGUAAGACCACCAAGAUGUUGGUCACUAUGGUAGUGGUGUUUGCUGUGAGCUGGCUGCCCUUCCAUGCCUUCCAGCUGGCUAUUGACAUUGACAGCAGUGUUCUGGUCAUGCGGGACUUUAGGCUUUUGUACACUGUUUUCCAUAUUGUAGCCAUGUGUUCAACAUUUGCCAACCCACUUCUCUAUGGUUGGAUGAAUCGAAACUACCGCAGCGCCUUCCUAGCUGUCUUUCGCUGUGAACAGAGACUUGAUUCAGUGCACCCUGAGGGCCAUGACACUACUGUGGUUCGUACCAAGACCAAAAAGGCGCUUGAGGCCCAGGAUGUGUUAGCAGCUCAUCUCAGUGCUACAGAUGUCUGAGGAAAUAUUAAAUUGCUGUGGACUAAUGGGCUAAGCAGAAUCCAUUCUUGGAUUUUUGUCCUGGAAUUUAACAGCAGAGGUCGUGUACAUGUUUAUAUUAAUAUUAAUAUGAAAAUCUUUCAUGUUCAGAAUACUCUUCAUUUCACUGCCAUCGAGAUUGCUGUGGUGAGCUUUGAAUACGGACUUUCAAAAAGGAUCAUUGGGAAGAUCCUAUGGGAAAGACAGGUGUUCUGAAGACUUUUUAAAUGAGAUCUGUUGGCUUGGAUAUGUAUUUGCAGAAUUUUAUGUUGUCUGCUUAAAAUUAUUCUUUACACUAAACUGGAUCUCAAUGAUAUCACUGUCUUCAGCACCACAAAUAUUCCUUAAUCUUUGCUGCAGUAUAAUCUGAUGCAUGCAGGCAAGAGACCGAGGCACUGUAGUGCACUUUGGGACAGUGUUAACAGCAAAUUACCUCUCUUUCUAUCCGCACAUUAUUGAUGCACAGUUGUUGCAAGGCAGCACUCUUUAAGAGGACUGAACUAGCAAAGAGAGAAAGCGGCAGGAGAGAAAUGUUCUUCAAAAUAUGAAUGUUUCAAAGAUAGCACAGCUAUCUAACAAACUAAGCACAUAUGGAAAGAUCUUAGAAGGAGAGAAGACUGAAUAAAUGUGACACUCAGUUGAUACAUUUGCAUAAGCAACAACUGUUACUGUGAUCCACAACCAAAAAGAACAUUGUGUUGAUAUACAAAAAUGUGCUUGUGUGCUUUGUUGUUUUACUGUAUCUUGUAUGUCCUCUGCUUUUGAGAUGCUAGAUGAAUGUAGUGUAUAAUGAAUGAAAGCAUGGCAUGUUUCCACAAAGAUGGAAGGAAACCGUACUUCAUAAUGUUUAGUAGAAUAAAUUGGUUAAAUAAGAUUUAUAGACGUGUCAGGGCAGCACAAUAAACUGCCAUUUAGGCUCAUUUGCCAGUUUAUUUACGAAUACCUAACCUCUACGUUCAUUGUUUAUUUUAUCAGGCCCAUUUACUGUAUAGAUGACCUUUGUGGUUUUACAAUUACAAAUUAUAUUCUAUGGGUGUAUCUCAUAUCUUUAUUGUGUGCCCUUGUUUCCUUUGCUUGCAUCAUUUCCUUGCACCUUAGCUCCUCCUAAUUCCUGGGAGAAGGGAUGAAUCGAUGGCAAACAUGUCUGACAGAUGAAAUGUGCUUCUUUUAAUGGUAACUUUCAUCACCUAAUAAUAAACACUUUAUAUCCUGUUGUCAACUGACUUUUCACAUCAACAUGCUUUAUUGAAAUUCAAAUGCAUCAACAAUUUAAUUAGCUUUGAUUGACCUUUUAUCCAGUAAAAACAAGGCACAUGUCAUGUGCUGCAAUAAAAAGGCCACGAAUUUGUAGAUCCAGCCCAUCUGUUUCUCUGCAUAAUGUAAUGGUCAGUGAUCAUAACCACCACAGAGCAGAGAUUAUUUGGGUGUCGAAUCACAUUCUCAGUACUGUGGUGACACUGAUAUGGUGAUGGCAUUUUAAUGAGUGUUGAGCUGGUACAAGAGGAUCAGAUAGAGCAGUGCAACUGUGUUUUUUAAACACUAUUAAACAUACCUACAUUGUGAGUACACUGUGUAGAUGGUGGACUGAUGAAUCAUCUGCUGCAAAGUCUUGCACUAGACCUUCAGUGGUCUGGCCACAGGAUGCUGGUUGUUUCUGGCCACAGGAUGCUGUUGGCUGGAUAUUUUUGGUUGUUGGACUGUUUCUCGGCUGAGCAAUGGUGUCGAGUUGUUUAAAUACUCCAAUAACACUGCUGUGUGUGAUCCACUCUGUGCAGCACAUGCACACUAACAUACAUGUCACUAUUAUGACAGUGUCACUAUAGUGCUGAGAAUGAUCUAUCACCAAAACAAUACCAGCAAUGGUAUUGUAAACGUCCAAGGUAUUAAAAAAACUUAACAAACUAUUAAGAAACAAAUUGAAUACAGUCUUUAAAUACAGAACUACUAAAUCCACAUAUUAGACCAGAUAAAGUACAAAAUUGUGUAGAUAAUUGUACCUAAUCAGGUGAUCUGUGAGUGUAUACAACAAAAUACAUUAUAUAUAUAUAUACAGUACUGUUCCAAAGUCACAGAGCAGCUUUCAUUUAUUUAAUUCCAUUCAACUGUGCCAGCAAGUAAGUGUUUUCAGUGUCAGGAAAAAAGCAGAAAACAUAAAGUUAACAGAAAAUUUACAAAGAAGCCUCAACGACUAAAUAUAUUAUUUUUCAAUAUCUGGUGUGUUCACUCUUCUACAGCCUCUGGAGAUGUGUUUUUAGUUUUUCAAAGAAAUCUGCAAGGAAAGUUCAGUCUUAGAAGUUGCUUUCAUUUUCUGCUUCUCAUAAUCCAUGUAAUCCCAACUACAUUUAAGGAUGGUGAGAUCUGGACUCUGGACUGGACAGUCUGUUCUUAGGACACCAGCAGCUUCUGUAUGAUUUGCACAUUUCCUUUUUUUGUAUAUUUACUUCUAUUACUACUUACUUUACUUCUCAGUAACGGCUUCUCAUAGCUACUCAUUUUUUGAGACCCGAUGCAUUGAGUUGUCUUCUCACAGAAGAUGAAAACAGCUUUGGUGGUCUGCUAUGUUUUGCACCACGUUAUGAGGUUAGGAAUGUGUUUUUUAAUAGUUUUUUUGUAUUGUUUUUUUUUUUUUUUUGCAUUGGGUUUUCUCCUUUCUUCUGAAAGUGAGAGAGUUCAGAAGUAGAAUUCAGAAGUAUCUCCUGCAAAUGAAUAAUGUGUUCUUAAUGGCCAUCUUGACUGGAAAUUAAUCAAAUUAAGGUCUCUGUCUGUUGCACAGUACUGUAAUUUUCAGAGGGUGUUCAAAUGAGGAUGAGUCAUCUGAACCGAGAUUUAGCCUAUAAUUAAAAUUAAAGCUCUGAUUGACUUCAGCACUGAGCAAAAUUUGUCUGUUUGACCUGCUUGGCACAUGAGAGAUGAGGAUGUCGCAUUCAAUUAGAAGUGUAAUUUUCAAUGUGGUUCUUCAUGAAAAAUCUGAAUGAAAGCUAAUGUGCCAAUGUUUAUUGAGAAAUAAUCACUUUCUGAAUAUCAAACUGAGGAUGUAAUCGUGUUGCAAAUGGUGAGCAGAGGACGAAACAUGAGUCAUAAUGAUUCAGAUUGUCAGCAGUAAAGUUUGUACUGUACUCCUUAUGUUCUAACUGCAGCACAAAUAUACAUCAGUUGAAGUCUUUUCUUUUCAAAGCUGCUUUAAAAAGAGAUAAAAAUAUUUAUGUUUGAAUGUAUGUUACAUAUGCAACCUGUAUUCCAGAUGAUCAAAACUGCCAUUCCUUUUCAUUCUAUGGAUGCUGCAUAUGAAAUAUAAGCAAAAGAAAGUGUGUGUGACAUACAUAGUUGGCCUUUUGAUUAAUCCAGGCCUAUUUGUUCCUGCAUACAAAUGCCUCUAAUUCAUUAUUCAUGUGAUUUACGUUUGCAUUAAUGCAUUUUAAUUGUUAGAACUUGAAAAAAAUUGUCGUGAGCUUUGGCAGUGUUGUUUAUGUUACAAAUGCUACCUGUACAUUCAGAUGUAUUUCUGUAUGGUUAAUAUAUGUGCAUAUGAAUAUGUAGUAUAUGAAAAAUGUUGAAGCUCCCUUUUAACUGAUGUUGUUUUGUUUUUUGUUGUUGCUGUAUGAACAUGUGAUUAUAUGACUAUAUUAACAUGGUUUUAAUUCCAUAGAUUUUUAUAUUUCUGUUUAUUUUAAUACUUGAGGUGUAAACAGAAUAAUUGAAAGUAAAAGUUUGUAAAAUGGUGCAUUGCAGAGGAACGUAACAGCUCAGAAUUCUUUACAAUGGUGAUGAUGGUACCUAGGGGUUUCAAUCUCUAUAAUGCAAAUUAUAGUCAUUUUAUUAUUCUAUCCAAAAUAUAUGUAAUGUUGGAAAUGGUAAAACAGUGGAAAAUUAGGAAAAAACAUUUCUUUGUGGGGCUACUUUGCCUCAUGAACCUUUCCAGUACCUUUCCACCACAAAUGUAGUUCCAAAAAAAAAACAACUCAAAUUCACCAUAUACACUGUAAUAGAUUUCAACCUGUGAAAAAUAAUGCUGUUUUUUGCUUUUUUAAAUUAUUUUUUAAAAAGAAUGUUUUGAUAUAUUUUAAACUGAAGUUGAAAGAUUUAUAUUUAGCAGAGGUUUCAUUUUUUUAAAAUAAAUAACUUUGUUUUAAAACUGCUGUCCCUAAUUUUCAUAUCACUACAGUCCAUAGGCAGAGCCUAAUUUUAGCCACGCCCCUUCAUUUUAGAGCAGGAGGUGAGACUGCAUCCCUGUCCCUCAUGGCCACAUAGUGAGCAAUUAGAUCUCAUGGUUUUUGAAGUAAAUGUGUCCCAAAGUGUGAAAAUCAGUGUAUAACCUUAAGAAUUGUCACUAGCGAAACACAUUCUGCACUUUUGCAUUUAAACCAAAAAUAUUAUGAUUUUAUGUGUGUACAACUGUUCAGAGCUAUGUUUGCUAGCCAUGACAUGAGUAGCAUUUUUGAGUUGUGCUCCAAAUUAGCUAAAAUUGUCACUACCGAAACAGACAGUAGGCAGCAUUAUAAUUACUAUAUCCGUAGUUACAAAAUGGAAUUUUCAGUUAUAUAUUUUAAUAAAGUUAACUUAGGUAAUGCAUAAGAUUAAUCAAGGAAAAAGGGAUUUAGUUUAAAAUUCAUGUCCAAAAUGUGUUUUCAACUCUGACUUUGGACCAAUUUAGUAGAAUAUGCCAUGUAAAAAUAUACAUAAACAAUGUCAGACAACCUAUUCAUAACCAUUCUGUAUAAAAUCCUUGAGAAGUAGCUUUCAGAGGUAUUCAUCUCUUUGGGCAUCUUGUUCCAAUCACCACUGUUAACAACUCUGACACAGUAAGUUUCUCUGGAAUUAUGCAUUUCAUGUCAAACCACUCCGAAUGACUUUGUUUACAUCUUAAUUUAAUUGUGCAGAUAUUUAGAAAAUUUCUAUAAUGUGUAUAUAUAUGAACUUUCAGAACCUGAAGAUAAUAACAGGGUACAGAGUGCCCUGUGACACAUCACAAAUACUUUAUUUUGGAUCAAUGUAAGUUACUAUUUAUUUGAUUUCCCCUGCAAAGUGCUUGAAAGGCAUAAUGCUUACUGUAAAUAAAGUCAGCAUCAAGCUUAAUCUCAAUAAAGCUGGUUUUCUAAUGUUGCUAUUGAUCAUUCGGAUUCUCUGUUUGCCGGUCCCAGCUGAAAUCCCUCCUUUGUACCUUACUUUGCAUGUGUGCUCAUGCAGUCCUAAUGUAUUCAGACAUCAACCGUCUCUCCGCAUGUGAUUUUCAUGGAAUCGAAGCCUUGCAAAACCAAAAGGAAUUGAUUCAAAGUGACAGGAAAUCUACCCUCUUGUGUUCCUGGCCUGUACCUGAUCUUCUUUGACCCUGCCCUCAUUCCUUCUUCUUCUCCCUCACUCGCCUGAUCACUCAGUGUUGGACUGCAGGAUGAAUGAAUGGACAAAAAAAGACGGAAGCGUGCCCUGAAUUAAAUGUCAUAUCUGCUUUUAUGUCACGCGUGGUGUGCUCUUCAGGAUUACAAUUCUGUCUUUCUAAGUCACAGACACAAACACAGGUAUUACUAGUUUUGAGAGGAAAACUCACAUCUAAAUUCACAUGAAAAGUCCAACCAUAAUUUUGUUUUGUUGGUCAGCUAUUUAUUCAUAAGCAAAAUGAGGCUAAUUUAGAGGCCUUUUGGAUGCAGUUUACCAUACAUUUAUGUGAACUUCCCUAGGAAAGCACUGCCCUGGAAAGCAAAACAGUCAAUUGUUCAAGUAUAUUUGAGCCCCUAUAUAAGGACGAACAGGGGCUGCGUAAUUGAAAUUGGUUGUAAUUCCUAUACUGUUCAUCCAACCUGAAUGUAAAUAAAUACCCUCAAUUUAAAGCUUGAA